AAUAUGAAGAAAACGACUAGUCGCUGAAAACAACAUGGACAUAAACACAAUAAUAGGUAUAUAGGACUACAUACACAUGACAUGUGGAAUAAACGUUUGGUCUUAACUUUUUAGCUAGUUCUUGUCACAUUUUUAUAUUUCAAAUAUGAUGGCAUUUGAAAAGAAAUCCAUUUUUAUGCGUUACUUCUAUAUGAUAACUAUAAUUACUCUUCAUAAUUGAAAUAAAAAGAAUGAGAAAUCUCAGAAAUAAUGUUGUCACCUUAACCGGAACUAGACCUUCUCUUUUCAUAUAGGCGAAAUUUGUUUUUCCCAGUUUCUCUAUUCAACAGUAGACACGUGAUAUUAAACAACGUGAUUAAGACAACAAUAAACUACAAAAUGUAUCGCCGCCAAAAACCGGACUACAAAGGCGCCGUCAGUUUUAUAAUUAAGAUAUAAUUACACAUCCAUAUAAUUAAACUGUGUCCUCAUUAUAUGCCAACCCUAAAAUCAGUGAGUACAAUCUAUGGAUUUUUUAAUUGCCUGUUACCAGUCUUUUUUAGAGGGAAUACAUCUCAUAGAUACUUGAUUGAUGAAUAAGAUAAUACUGUAUCUAUCCAUUUUAAAGCUACUAAUCAACUACCCCGUGUGCUAACUACUUAAAUCGUCUCGGUGUAGCCGAUAUCCGCUAUUAAACACGUACAAUUGUAUUUCAAUAAAGAAUGUAUUCAGUUAAACAUGCUAAUUGCCAAGAAGGGUUGUAAAGUAUCGGAUGCGUUAGAAUAUUUAAUGAUAAUUUAGUAGAUUUAAAAUAAAUCGCUAUUAUUUCAUUAACUUAGACAUGAUUUCAAUAAGAUUAAAAAUAACCAAAGAUUUUAUCGUAAUAUAAGCAGAGGAAGCAAAUGAAAUUGGCUUGCAUAAUGCAUAAUUAGUACGGAGUACUUUAAUUUAAUUCAACUGUUCAUAUCAUGUUUGUAGUAGUCCAUCUCUCUUGAAACUGCUGCAUCUAAUCAAUAUAUCAUUUUCCAUUUCUUUAAUGACAGGCCUCUUUGGACUGCUUCGUGUCUUGACAAGCUGCGACAAUAAAUCCCAGUGACUCUCGCUCUAUUCUUCGGCAAGUUUAGCUCAUCCUUCGUUGACUCUCGACAAGUCUCGCUCACGACAUCGGCACUUCUCGCUUAUCAUUCGUUAAAUUCCGGAAGAAUAAGUCUCCCGAAAGGCGGACGAGCAUCAGAAGAUCCUUAAAACCAACCCCGCCGUCGUCAUCGAAAUGGAAGUCUACCUCAUAAUCGCCUCGAUCUCCGCCGCUCUAACUCUCGGCAUCGUCCUCGCCGUCCUCGUCUGUGUCUGCUAUAUACAGUCGCCUGGGAAGCUGAGGAAGGAGAUGGAAGAUGAUAGCGACUUCGAAGCCCAACCAGCAAUGUUCCUACCCGAGCCUCCGAACUCCGAUGACGAGUUCACACCGGGAAUGAAGCUCCCGUCUUUCAGACGUUUUGACAGUUCUAUAGACGGGUCAGAAUCAACGACUUCCUCCUCAACGCCUCCUCUUUCUCUUUAUCCAGCCAACUUCACGAUCCCCCGAGCCCCUUCAAGCACCAUCAGUGAUCUCUCUAUUGAAAAGGCACAACCACCGAUUAGUCCAAGGACGCCCUCUAUGAGCAGAAAACUGGAUCCUGCUCAACUCGACCCAACCUCUCAUAUGUACAAAGAAAUGUCGUCUCCUCCCCAGAAAAUAUCCCAGGAUGGGUCAACAUUAGGUAUCAUGAACUUCUCUCUUAAGUACAACUCUGAGAUGGGUCUACUUACAGUCAGACUGAUCCAGGCUCGCAACCUCCAACCCAGGGAUUUCAGCGGGACAGCUGACCCGUACUGCAAAGUAUGCGUCAUACCCCACGCAUCGAAGACGUUACAAAGCAAGGUGCAUCGGAAAACGGUAUUGCCGGAAUUUCGAGAAAGUUUCGUCUUUGAGAUCCCAGAAAUAGAAAUACAUCGGCAAACGGUCCGAGUAUACCUUUACGAUUACGAUCAAUUCUCGAGGGACGAGUGUAUCGGGGUUGUCGAGCUACCUCUGGCGCACGUGGACUUGACGGAGAAACUCGAGGUUUGGAAGGGAAUCCGAGCCCCGCCAUCUGUGUGUACAACUCUGUGCCCAUCUCAUGUUCUCGGUGACCUGAUGUUUUCACUGUCAUACCUUCCAAGUGCUGAACGUCUCACGGUGGUCAUACUAAAAGCCAGGAACCUACGCACCGUUAGCACUGCUGAGGGAAAGCAAACUGCAGAUCCAUACGUCAAAGUUUCAAUUUUUUACAUGAGUAAACGACUGAAGAAGAAGAAGACAUCCACACAGCAUGGAACACGAUCUCCCGUGUUCAAUGAGGCUCUCGUCUUCAAUGUCGACACCGACUUCUUACAGCAUCUCACCAUCGAGUUCCAGGUCAUUCAUGAGAACAGAUUCGGACCAAACGAGGUCUUGGGAAAAGCCGUUGUUGGUCCAGGAACUGGCGGGGAAGAGUUGGCCCACUGGAACGACAUGAUCCGCUCAGGAAACAAACCCGUCGCCAGCUGGCACUGUCUUUUACCCUGAGCUCUCGUGGAUGAUAUCACGACAUGAUGGCAUAUAUCGACUUUCAACCAAUCAGCGCUUGAGGUUAUCAGUCAACCAGCCAAUCAGCGACGAGGAAUUCUUCUUCGCGUUCGCUUUUACAGACAGAUUGCUGUCUUAUGAUCACUGGUGAUGCAUGUUAUUCUGCACUGAUCAAUCGUUUUUUUUUUUCUUCUUCAGUUUGAUGUGGUUGAUAAGCACUCUACAGCUUCUAAUUUGGCAUUGUUUUUAUUUAUGGACUUCAUGAAAUGGUCUCAAACAGAAAGCCAUCGACGCCAAUUAGAUCAAACUUUGAAAGCAGAUAGAGGCCGUCAGACCCUGGACUGUCAGAUGGGCUGUGACAAAAUGCAUUAGGGAUGCAUUCAGAAGAAAGUGGCAGAGGCCAACGACAUGGCUCUCUCAUUUGCUAGACACAGGGAGACUGUUCUGUGAUCACCAAAAGUUAUGGUACUUAAAGCUAUUUUAAAGCUAACAUUAAUUGAAAGAAUAUGAAGGUCACUUUGUACUUUUUCACCUGUCUCACACGUUAUUGUGACGCCACGACGCUAAGAAUAUCUGACAACCGUCAUUGGAAGGCGUCAGAAAAACACACCAGCCUUCGCGUCGGAGAGCCCUGCUAUCAAGAAGCUUUACCAGAAUGGACGUGUCGUGCAAGACGGUUUGUCUUAACUGAUUAUUCUUGACUGAUCAAUAGCAUUGAACUUCGAGGAGUAUGUCAAGAUGCAGCGACAACACUCUGGAAGAUUUCCCUGAUUGACCAAUAUCCAUAAUGUCAUCGCUGGUUACAUUUAUACUAAGCCAUGGACAUCGUUACUGGUUGAUCAGAAUAUGUGAAGAAGAAAAGAAAAUCACGAAAUGCUACGAUAUUUAGGGACAAUUGCGGAAGUAAUGAUCAGGAAAAAUGCCUUAAUAUACAGGCUUAAUAGAAAAGUGGUAAACGCUUUGACUUAUUUGGAAUAACCGACUUUAUACAGCGCCUUUUCCGUUGGAUGUUAAGAAUAAGAGGGUAAGCCUGAAUCAUCAACGCGGUUGAAAUUUAUUCUUAACUGGCAGCUACCGAUGAUGAAAGCCUUUUGAUGAGUAAGGAGUUCAUGUUUAAAAGUGUUAUGAAAGCGCUGCAUGUUAUAGAGCCUACUGCAACAGCUAGUAUAUUAUGCUGCUCAGGGGCAGAUGAAAUAUGUCAUCUAGGCGUCGAGCUGAUGAUGCGAGACGUGUUCGCCUGGGUUAAGGCCGUCACAUGAAGACACUGAUAAUCAGAUUUUUCACCAGUGUGCGGACAAGAAAAAAAAGGGGAAGUGUUUAAAAGAAGUUCUUCCAUUGGCCGGUUACCAGUGGAAUUGAAGAGUCAGAAAUAUAUUGUGCGAAUGGGGAAAAACGGUUAACCAUGAUGUAGUGAUGUGGACCUCGGUCAAUAGCCAUGGACUUACCACAGGCUUCAUCGCUGACAACUUCAUGAUCCAGUGAUUCUUCGGCUCCUGCUCUCGAAAUUUAUUGCGAAAAUGUCACCUUGACAUACUCGAGAGGCCUUGGUUAGGAUGACGUGUGCACCCCCCCCCCACACACACACAAACAGGCGUGCCGGAAGCA